CCGGGCAUAUCGAUAGCCGGUGUCACCGUUUACGGCGGUAUUGGCAACGAAUGGCACUACGAGUUAGAACUGCUCGACUAUAGCGGCGGCGGUGGCGCUCAAGUGCCGGACGAUAGGCCGCCGACGCUCCGCGACGGUCAGUCGCAUCCGUGGCGUACCGUCGAGUUGGCGAAGGGUUCGUACAGUUUUGAGGACAAGUCGACCGACGUUUGCGAAAUCAAGUUCGAGCGACCGGUUCUUAUUGGACCUAAUGUUAAGUACGCCAUCCGACUCAAGAAUCACGGCCCGCGCACUAACAACGGCGACGCCGGACUCACGCAUAUCAGAGGGCCCGACAACACGACCUUCACGUUCAGCGACUGUUCCCUAAGCUUUAACGGCACGAAUCACACGAGAGGACAAAUACCACAACUCCUAUACUAUAGCGCUCCGCAAUCACUGAACUCGGAUUCCAACUACUAUUUGAUGAACGAAGAGAUUCCCCGGAAGAAUGCGAUUGCCAUCACUGAGAGUGUGAUAGGAAUGGCAAUCGAACUGUUAAUUCAGGCCCAGGAAUGUCCCACAUUUGAUCUCAUUUGGAAGAUAUCGUCAUCGCUUCUCAUCAAGAAGUUGUUGCCAUCGGUUUUGGCUUAUUUGUCGCCCAUUGUCUCAUCGGAUCCCAAGAACGCCACACAAAUACUAUCAAUAAUUAGAAAAUUGUUACCAUUAAUUGUGUUUCUCAACAAAUCCAAUGACUAUUGCGUUCCUAAUCGUUCAUUAUCUCCAUUACCGCCGUCCAGUCCAACAGUGACCACAUCCAGACAUUACGCCACUGUAGAGAGCGAUCAUCCGUACAAAUCGGCCACUGUUUGCAACUAUUUAGUCAAAUUCGCGCCGACAGUCAAGUGGAUGUGCAUCGACUUUGACAGCCGGUGCGCCACCGCUCAGCCCGAAGACACUCUCCAGAUAUAUAUUCCCGAAUACAGGGCCACGAAGUGCUGGGAGUCGUCAAAAGUGACCAAAUUUCACGACAACAACAAGUGCUUAUGGCCUGUGCUUAAGAAGUUCAACGGAAAGCCCAAUACGUGGCCAACCAAUUGGGUUGUGAUUCCGGGCAAUGAAGUUGUCUUCUCUUUAGAGACCGCUUCCGAUUACGUCAAAGAAGACAAAUCUCUUUAUUACGGCUUUAGAGCCCAAGUCGUCGGUUACGAGAAUCCCAUAACCGAAGGCCUAUAUCUCGGACUCCAGUACUUGGAACAGGAGUUGACAUAUCUGUCGGGCGUUUGCGUCAAAACAUUACUGAAGAAGAAUCUCGUUUUACCACAAAUUGUCACCGAAAGCGAAGCCAACUACGAGUCGGCGCUCCAGACAUUCGACUCGCACUCAAGUCUCUUGAGUCGAGGUCUGGCGCUGUCGCGGCCGAUGACCGCCACCGAAGCGAUCGACGGCGUCGUCCCGUUGGCCAACGAACACCCGUUUCUCAAAGACUUCUUAGCCCUAACGCCGGGCACUUCGGGCGCACGACUGGCCAAAUGGUUUCAAUGCGAAUCUGCACUGCAGUUGCGGAACGAACACCCGUUUCUCAAAGACUUCUUAGCCCUAACGCCGGGCACUUCGGGCGCACGACUGGCCAAAUGGUUUCAAUGCGAAUCGUUUGUCGAUCCGAAUCAGUGCGAAGUGCACUGCAGUUGCGGCACCGAUCAGGAGCUACAGUGCGGUUGGCCUACCGUUAUAACAGUGAUAACGCGGGACCAGUACUCCAACAUUGUUAAUGUGCCGAAUCUGAAAGUGGAGGUCAGCGCUCAGCCCUUCAAAAACAACUCCAACAACAGUCAGUCGGCGCCGGAGAACGGCGGACAGGGAGGCAGCGGCACAGCGGGUCCGCCCGUGCAGACUGUCAACUACAGCAUCACCGCCAAAGACAAGGUGUUCUACCACGCGAUCACCAUGAUGAAACAGUUUGAGAACUACUCGUUCGAAGAGCUGCGGUACGUGACACCCGUGAAGAGACCCACCAUCGAGACAAUGCUCGUCCGGAGUAACAGCGACGGCACCUAUACGGCCAACUGGACGCCCGCCUCCACCGGUUGGUAUCAGCUGAAGAUCACUGUGGAU